AUGGGAGGCAUCCGUGAAAAGAAAGUUGAAUACUUCAACAAGUUAAGAGAAUACUUAGAAGAAUACAAGUCUGUCUUCAUCGUCGGUGUUGAUAAUGUUUCUUCUCAACAAAUGCACGAAGUCAGAAAGGCUUUAAGAGGCAGAGGUGUUGUCUUAAUGGGUAAGAACACCAUGGUCAGAAGAGCCAUUAGAGACUUCGUUUCUGACUUACCAGACUUUGAAAAGAUCUUACCAUUCAUCAAGGGCAACGUCGGUUUCAUCUUCACCAACGACUCCUUAAAGGAUAUCAAGGAAGUCAUUGUUUCCAACAAGGUUGCUGCUCCAGCUAGAGCUGGUGCUAUUGCUCCAGAAGAUAUCUGGGUUCGUGCCGUUAACACUGGUAUGGAACCAGGUAAGACCUCCUUCUUCCAAGCUUUAGGUGUUCCAACCAAGAUUGCCAGAGGUACCAUUGAAAUUGUUUCUGAUGUUAAGGUCGUUGAAGCCGGUAACAAGGUCGGUCCAUCUGAAGCUACCUUGUUGAACAUGUUGAACAUUUCUCCAUUCACCUACGGUUUAACUGUCGUUCAAGUUUACGAUAACGGUCAAGUCUUCCCAGCUUCUAUCUUGGAUAUCACUGAUGAAGAAUUAGUCGGUCACUUCGUUUCCGCUGUCUCCACUAUUGCUUCUAUUUCUUUGGCUAUUGGUUACCCAACCUUACCAUCUGUUGGUCACACUUUAAUCAACAACUACAAGGACUUAUUAGCUGUUGCUAUUGCUUCUGGUUACCAUUACCCAGAAAUUGAAGAAUUAGUUGACAGAAUCGAAAACCCAGAAAAGUAUGCUUCUGCUGCUCCAGUCGCUGCUGCUGCUGCUACUGAUGCUCCAGCUGCCGCCGCUGCUGAAGAAGAAGAAGAAGAAUCCGACGACGACAUGGGUUUCGGUUUAUUCGACUAA